AUGUUCAGAGAAGCAAUAUUCGAUGUUCUCUCCAAUUCAAUCUCCGACGACUCUUUCCCCGCCUUCAACCACAUGUUCCUCCACAAACCCCCCUCAGUUUCCGACCAGCCGCCCCCGCCCCCACCGGUUCUCCCCAAGAAGAAGCGUAACCUCCCCGGAAAUCCAGACCCUGAUGCAGAAGUGAUUGCUCUAUCGCCGACGAGCCUUUUAGCGACGAACAGAUUCGUGUGCGAGAUCUGCAACAAGGGUUUCCAGAGGGAUCAAAACCUGCAGCUCCACAGGAGAGGCCACAACCUACCGUGGAAGCUCAAGCAGAGAAAUGGCAACGAGAAUCGGAAGAGAGCGUAUGUUUGCCCCGAGCCGACUUGCGUGCACCACCACCCGUCUAGGGCUUUGGGCGAUCUCACCGGCAUCAAAAAACACUACUGCCGCAAACACGGCGAGAAGAAAUGGAAGUGCGAAAAGUGCGAUAAGAUCUACGCCGUCCGGUCCGAUUGGAAAGCCCACUCAAAGACCUGCGGUACCCGAGAGUACAAAUGCGACUGCGGUACCCUUUUCGCUAGGUAA